AUUAUUGUGAUAAUCGAAUAAUCGAUUGUUUUUAAUUCGAAUUAGCCCAUCACUAAUAAUUAUUUGUGAUAACUGUAACUGUAUUAGAUGUAAACAUAGUCGUAAUAUCAUAUAACAAGGAUAACAUUAGUAUUUUUUAUGUUUAUGUUUAUGGAAUAACAUUUUCAAAUUCUACUUGUAGAAAAACCUUGGGUGGUAAGUGAAAAUGCUUUUUUAAAACAUGCCUCGAACAAGAAGUUCCUUUAAAAAUAUUUCAAUAACUGAAAAGGAUAUGGAUGAAGUUCCUCUGAAGAAAUUCCGAUCAGCUAAAAAGAAAAAAAAUGAAAAUUCACCACAAAAAAAAUACAAUGAAUCAUCCUCUAGUGAAAGUGAUAUUGAAAAUUACUUGAAGCCAGUAAAUGGGAUUGAUUUUUCUUCGUCAUUUUUCGCAAUCUCAAGAAAAAGUGAAAACGAAUUUAAUAAAAUUGAAAAAAACAUAUUUUCUGGAGUUACUAGACUUAGCGAUUCAUCAGAUACAGACUCAGAAAAUGAGAAAACAGACAUACCUUGUCAGCCAGCAACUAUAGAGAAAGAGAUACAUGAAAGCUCAAGUCAGCCAAAUAUUACUAAAGAUUUUCAAUCACUUCAAGAAUAUACUCACAGAAUUAAAGAAGUCAAACUACAAAUAGAAGAGUACAAAGCCAAAAAACAAGUCAAAGAAUCUAAUUUGAACAUAUCUAACCUCCUGGCACAGGGUGAAUUGAAACACGAAACUCUAGAUAAUUUAAAAGAAGAUUAUCAUUCCAGCGACUUUGAGAGCACUGAUGAUGAUUGGGAGGAAGUUAAAAUAAGCCAACAAGAGACUAACGAAAAAUUUGAAGUUCCUAAAAAGAACUUAGAGAUUAUUGUAGGCGCAAUGCCAAACCAUUGCAAGAAAAAAACAGAGGCUGAAUUACUUGCAGCCAUGAAAAGGCGGCUCAAUCGUAUAAGGAAAAUUAACCAAAUAUUUGUUCACAAGGUACAUCUACUGUGUUGGAUAGCACAUGGAAACUAUGUAAAUUCUGCAGUGAAUAGUUCCCAAGUUCUUGCCAUGGCUCUUUCUCUACUACCCUGUGACAUGUUCCAGUCACCAGAAACAGUCAGCCUAAGUGACAUUGAACAAAUCAUACAAUGGUACAGAACUACAGUAACACUUAUAGAGAAACCUUCACCAAAAAGACUAGAUUUUCAAAACUAUUUACAUUUGCAAAUCAACAGAAAGCUGGCUUUCAACAAAAGAAGCUUUGUUUUUAUUUUAACCAGUAUCUUGAGGGCUCUAGGACUGCAAUGCAGACUUGUGUUUUCUUUCCAAGUUGAACCACUGAGACCAUUAGAUAGUGAUCUACAUACUUUAGCGAAGAAAACUUCUGAAAAAAUAAGCGGAGCCAGUGCAGAGGCUUCAUGUACCCAAGAAAAAGUGGUUGAAGAUUCAAGUAGCGGUAUUCAGCAAGACACAAUUGGUGAACAAAAAAUUGACAAAAUUGAAAAAAAUAAAACAUCCAAGAAAGUGAUAGGGUCUAAAAGAAAAAGUGAAGAAGUGAAAGCACCAAGAAAAAAGAUUGAAAACAUCAUUGAAAGUAAAAAUAAUAAUAAUUUGUCAGAAACAGAUAAAAAUAAGAAAAGAUCCAAGAGUAAUUCAUGUGUUGCUACAUUAAAAAGCUCAGAAGUAAAACAAACUCGCUCAAAGUCAAAUAGUGAUACCAUUGAAGAUGAUCAACUAACCAGAACAAAGACUAGAAACCUGAAAAAUUCUAGGUGUGUGCCUCAACUUGAUGGUGUAAAUGAUUUAUCAGAUGAGUUAGGAGACAUGACUCAAACAGUAGGCGUCAAGACCAAAAAAAAAUCCAAAAAGGCUACUGGAACUAAGAAACAAGAUCCACCAAAAAAUGACACAUUGAACAGAUCUUCUUUUGUUAAACGACGUUCCAGUCGUAUAAAAAUAAGAUCUUAUGGAAAUGAUUCUGAAGAUGAGUUUGUUACAACCUCUCAAAAACAUAGCCCUACAAGGAAGACGAGACUAAGAAAAUCCACUUGUAGUAAAGCACUAACAAGUGAGGUGGAUGUCAAGUACCUUGUAGACUCAACAUGUUCCACUAAACUGACAAAUAAAAGAAAAAGUGGAUAUGGAGACAGUGACUAUGAUAGUGACUUUAUGCCAGAACUUGAAAAAAGAAAGCACCUGGAUCCAGAGAGUAAGUUGAGUGUACCAAAAACCAAAAAGAUAGGUGUCAUCCGAGGAAUUAAACAUACGGAAAAUGUGUCUGAUAUAAAAAGUAAAACACCCAAUAAAAAUAAGCUGAAUGUUGAUGUGUGGGUAGAAGUGUAUUUAGAGACAGAGAAAAAAUGGAUUGCUGCUGAUAUAAUCACAGGGCAAGUUGACUGUGUUAGUGAAUUAUCUAAUAGAGCAACCCAGCCUAUAAAUUACAUUGUUGCUUGGAAUAAUGAUAAUACCCUCAAAGAUAUUACUAUGAAGUACUGCAAAAGUUUCAAUACGGUUACUCGAAAGUUGAGAGCAGAUGUCAAGUGGUGGGAAGAAACUCUCAAACCAUUCAUAGGCAAGAAAACUUUUAGAGAUAUGAAAGAAGAUGACGAUAUGAAUCGACAACAGUUUGAACAACCUCUUCCAAAAGUCAUAUCUGAAUAUAAAAACCAUCCUUUAUAUAUACUAAAAAGACACUUACUCAAAUAUGAAGCAGUGUAUCCUCCUAAUGAGGUUCCACUGGGUUAUGUGAGGGGCGAACCGGUUUAUCCAAGAAACUCUCUGUACACUUGCAAAUCAAGAAAAUUUUGGUUAAAAGACGGAAAAGUCGUCAAACCAGGCGAGGAACCUUAUAAAAUCGUCUCAGCUCCACCAAGAUGGGAUAAGAUAAAUCGAAAAAUAGUAUGUGGCGGAGAUCUGGAAGUUUUUGGUGAAUGGCAAACCAUGGAUUUCGAGCCUCCAACUGCUGAAAAUGGGGUAAUUCCUCGAAAUGAAUAUGGCAAUGUAGAACUAUUCAAACCAAACAUGUUGCCCAGAGGGACUGUACAUUUGAAACUUCCUGGACUCGGCAAGGUUUGCAAGAAAUUGAACGUGGAUUGUGCUACUGUCGUUACUGGAUUUGAAUUCAAAAAAGGUUGGACUCGAGCUAUCUACGAUGGGUUUGUUGUCUGCAAACAAUUCGAAGAUCAAGUUGUUGCUGC